GUUUUUCUGCUACGUGUCAGGAAGUGGUGUGUAGGCAACAUGGCGGCGCAACAGAACGAUGUUGAUGAACUCUUCGAUGUAAAAAACGCUUAUUACAUCGGUAGUUAUCAGCAAUGUAUUAACGAGGCUCAGAAGGUGAAGCCGUCGUCACCAGAGAAAGAGACCGAGAGGGACGUGUUUUUGUACAGAGCCUACAUUGCCCAGAGGAAGUACGCUGUUGUUCUGGAUGACAUCAAGGACACCUCAUCACCUGAGCUUCAAGCUGUCAAGUUGUUUGCCGACUAUCUGUCAAAUGAAGGGAAAAGGGAUUUCAUUGUUGCUGAUCUAGACAAGAAGAUGGGUAAGAGUGUGGAUGCUGCCAACACCACAUUCCUUCUCAUGGCAGCCUCCAUCUACUAUCAUGAAAUGAACACCGAUGCAGCUCUCAGGACUCUGCACCAAGGAGAAAGCCUGGAGUGCAUGUCUAUGACCAUUCAGGUGUUACUGAGUCUGGAUCGAGUUGAUUUGGCAAGGAAAGAGCUGAAAAAGAUGCAGGAUCAGGAUGAGGAUGCCACUCUAACCCAGUUGGCUACAGCCUGGGUUAAUAUUGCUAUGGGUGGAGAGAAGCUGCAGGAUGCCUACUACAUUUUCCAGGAGAUGUCAGACAAGUACUCGUCCACAUUGCUGCUUCUAAAUGGGCAGGCAGCCAGUUACAUGGCUCAGAAUAAGUGGGAGGAGGCAGAGGGAGUACUACAAGAGGCCCUUGACAAGGACAGCAGCCACCCUGAGACGUUGAUCAACCUCAUAGUGCUGACCCAGCACCUGGGCAAAGCUCCUGAGGUAACCAAUCGGUACCUCUCUCAGCUGAAAGACGCUCACAGAGCCCACCCAUUCCUCAAGGACUACUUAACCAAGGAGAAUGAGUUUGACAGACUAACGAUGCAGUACGCCCCCACUGCUACAGCAUAAGAUACCUGCUUCUGCUGAAAUGCCUCAAUAAUGGAUUGAAGUGUAACACCAUGAGGAUAACACUCUCUCUCUCUCUCUCACUCACACACACACACACACACACACACACACAUACACACACACACCUACACUUUUGUUUCAACAGUUUUUGUAAGUAAAAUGUGCUUACUAUUUAAACCAGACCAGACAACAUGAAACAUGUCCACAUUGUUGUUCAUUCUUUAUACAUUUGCAUUUCUCCUCAGUACAUCUGUUUAAUGUAAUCAUUCCUUUGAAAUUAUUAUAAAUGUUUAAUACAUGUGA